AUGACAUUGGCAGUAGCUUUGGUCCUGAAAUGCUCCAAGAAGCUGGAGCAGCUCAUACUUAUACAGAAUGCUUUGCCAUUAAGUGGCCGAUUAUUAUGGAUCUAUGUGUGGAUGGAAGAAAAAACAAUUGUAUAUUAUGCAAGUUGCAAAACUACUGGAAUUGUGGAUUAUAGAAAUUAUGACGUUAAGAAAUAUGCAGUGGGUUUAGUGUACGGUUUACUCAUUUCUUUUAAUGUGAACUCAAAACCAUUUUUUGCUGUUGAAGAGCAGAGGCAACUGUUGGACUGCAGCAGGCCAAUUUAUGCUGGGAAUACACUUUGUACUGUGAAAUAUACCGGCGAGGAUCCUUGCAUGAUGAGUAUUAGAUCAACUUCAUUUUCCCCUACUGCUGAUGCUAUGUCUGAAACAAAGGUUGCACCUAUCACCCAGGUUGAUCUCUCUUUCCUCAAUGAAGGGAAAUCUACAUGGGUGAAUCUGACAUCCCAAGACACAGAGUGGCCUGAUCUUGCAAAUGCACGUGUAGUAGUCACAGGAGGCAGAGGUUUAAGAAGUUCUGAAAAUUUUAAGUUGUUGGAGCAGCUUGCGGAGAAACUUGGUGCAGCAGUGGGCGCGACUAGGGAUGCUGUUGAAGCAGGUUAUGUUCCAAAUGACCUUCAGGUUGGUCAGAUGGGGAAAAUUGUGGCGCCAGAGCUUUAUAUGGCUUUUGGAGUAUCUGGAGCGAUACAGCACUUGGCAGGAAUGAGAGACUCGAAGGUUAUUGUGGCUGUUAAUAAAGAUGUCGAUGCCCCCAUAUUUCAGGCUGCAGAUUACGGACUGGUUGCUGAUCUGUUUGGGGUUCUGGAUGAGUUACUGAAGAAAAUCCCAUAGAAGAAAUAA